CCUACGACAACCACCCGAUCAAAAUGCGCAGCUUCGACGCUCUCCUCCUCGCUGCCCUUGCGGCCUCGCCCGCUCUGGCUCGCCAGAUUCCCGACAAUGUCAAGAGCCUGUACAACUCGAUCCGCGCUCAGGGCUCGUGCAAGAACAUCCUCAAGGGUGGCUUCUACUCCCAGGAGGGUGACUCCAAGAACUUCGCCUACUGCGGUGACCACUUGAGCGACUACCGCAUCAUGUACCUCCAGGGCACUGGCGGCAACUUGGUCAACAUGGAUAUUGACUGCGAUGGUGCUCUCGGCACUGGUGAUGGCAGUUGCGACAGCUCUGAAGAUACUCAGGGCGAGACUAGCUUCAAGGAUACCGUCGCCGGCUACAAGAAGGGCAUCAAGGACCUCAACGCCUACGUUCACUCUUUUGUCGUUCUCGGUAACGAGGGCAAAAAGAGCGGCUACGUCACCUUCGACCCCACGUCUGUUCAGGUUGAGCCCUUGUCCAUUGUCGCUGUUGUUUGCGGCAACCAGAUGUUCUACGGCGUCUGGGGUGACACCAACGGUGAUGACGGCCCUCCCCUGGUUGGUGAGGUCUCCGACGCUCUUGGCCGCGCCUGCUACGGCAACGCUGUCAACGGCAACGCCGCCCAUGAUGCGAACGACGUUCUGUAUAUUGCCUUCACUGGUGGCGAUGCCGUUCCCGGUGCCAACGGCGCCAACUGGGCUGCCAGCUCCUUCUCUGCCUUCGAGUCCUCCCUGGGUACUCUGGGUGACAAGCUCGUUGCCCGAAUUGGCAGCUCUGGCGGCACUCCUCCCGCGUCCUCCACCACCGCAAAGCCCCCUGCCUCCACCACUAAGCCUCCAACUCAGCCUACCUGCUCCUGGACCGGCCACUGUGCCGGUGCCUCUUGCGGUAGCGACGACGACUGCUCUGAUGACUUGACUUGCAACAACGGCAAGUGUGGCAACAGUGGGUCUACUUCUCCUCCUCCUCCUCCUCCUCCUAGCUGUUCUUGGGCCGGCCACUGCGCUGGUGCCUCUUGCAGUAGCGAUGAUGAUUGUUCUGAUGACUUGGCUUGCAUUUCCAAGGUGUGCGCCGUUGACCCGAACAAUUGAUUCCGCGGCACUGGUAUGGAGAUUAAGAGGUGGUGUCUGUGGAGCUGGUGUUUUAGCAUCUUCUGCAUCUAAUGGGUUGAAACUGGCUCUUACUUGAUGACGACACUACCUGUUACGGGGUACGAUGCAUUUGUUCAAAGUACAAAUGGUUUUUAUAUAUUUUGUAUAUAGGCGGUUCCUUUUGCCGUCAAUUGUACAUAACUUUAUGACAGCGUUGCGGAAUAGCGUGGUUUUAAAUGAAAUAACUGUUGAAGAGC